UUCUCCCCCUUCUCUCUUCUUUCUAAAAAAUGAAAAUAUAAAUUAAAAAAAGAAAACGCUUCUUUCUCUCUGUUUUGGCGUAAGCAAUGGAGCAGAAAAGCUGACGCUAUAUUUUCUCAAGACAAUGAAAGAAAAGAGAAGAAAAGGAAUUGGGCUUUGAAUUGUAAAGCUUUGUAGCAGUUUAUCGGAACUUCUCUUUUCGUUUUCUUGCAUAUACUAUCGGAUUUUUAAUAUUCAAAAUCUUAGCGUUUGUGUAUAAAGGGGGAUAAAAGUUAGUGGAUUUGUAGAUUUUCAGUGCCAAGUUGUUUUAAGUUGCUUGGCACAGCUUAUUAACUCUGGCGGGGGAUUGUAUAGAUCCAGAAAGUCUAUGAGCGACCUAUGCUUUUCUACGUUCUAAUUCAGUUGCCAGAGUUAGAUGGACAGUUCCUCUCCAGAAGAAGGCAGUGAGCAAACUGAUCAUUAUCCAUUGCUAAUGGAACGGGUGGAAAGCCAUAAUGGUGAAGAACACAUAAUUGACAUCAUGCGGCGUGAUGAUGCUUCAUCAAGCACGUCCCAGGAUGAGCGACCUUCAGGAGUGGACUUGACACAGAGUGAAGAUAGACCGUCAAGCAGCACGCAAACUCCCACAAAUCGGACUUCUUUUUCCUCAAACAGAUUAAACUCUAGGAAUUCAUCAUUCGCAAGGAAUAGUGAUGGGUAUGGUCGACGCCGCAGGAGCCCUUUAAACUCGGGAUUAUGGAUUUCUGUUGAGUUAGUUGUCACUGUCAGUCAGAUUAUAGCUUCUGUUGUAGUUCUAUCAUUGUCAAGAGAUGAAAAGCCACAAGCUCCAUUGUUUGCUUGGAUUGUUGGUUAUGCUUCCGGUUGUGUUGCAACACUUCCUAUUCUUUACUGGCGCUUUCGAAACCGCAACUGGGGUAUUGAGCACGACUUAUCACACUCACAUGAAGGUUCUUCUCUUGGCAAUCCCAAUGAGUCUACACCCUAUACAGCUAUCUCAGUUACUCAAGCUUCAGAUGAGGAGAAUAACGGGAACACUGAAUCAGCAACAGGGAACACUCAGACUGCAGGAACCUUAAGCACAAGGCUCAAUGGAUUAGUCGACCAUUUCAAGAUGGCCUUAGAUUGCUUUUUUGCUGUGUGGUUCGUUGUUGGCAGUGUUUGGAUAUUUGGAGGUCAUGCAUCUCCUUCUGAUGCUCCUAAAUUGUACAGGCUAUGUAUAGUGUUCCUUACUUUUAGCUGUAUUGGAUAUGCGAUGCCAUUCAUACUAUGUGCAACCAUUUGUUGCUGCUUGCCUUGCAUAAUUUCUAUCCUUGGCACUCGGGAGGAUCUUUCACAAACAAGAGGAGCCACUACGGAAUCUAUAAAUGCAUUGCCAACCUACAAGUUUAAGUCCAAGAAAACUGCAAAUAAUGAUGAUCGGGAAGAUUCAGCUGGUGAAGGCGGAGUCCUAGCUGCAGGGACAGAAAAGGAGCGUUUGAUAUCAGGAGAAGAUGCGGCUUGUUGCAUUUGCUUGGCUAACUAUGUGGACAACGAUGAGCUGAGAGAGCUGCCAUGUGACCAUGUCUUCCAUGUGGAGUGUGUAGAUAAGUGGUUGAAAAUCAAUGCCUCUUGUCCGCUGUGUAAAAGCGAGAUUGGUGAGAGCAGCGCUGCUUCACCAUUAGCUAGAGAUUCAAAUUAACAAAAGCAUGGGAAGAGGAUGGGCAAGGAAAACCGGUUGGAGAUGGGACAAUGUGUUUAAUGAUUUUGGUGCUUGGCUCCUGCUGCAGUUUAUGCGAUUGUUAACAUUACAUUACAUGCAAAAUCCUUGAAGAGCUUUACUUUUUUCUACAAAUUCUUGCAUUUUUUAGCUCAAUUCGAGCUUCAUACGUCGGCAGAGUGAGUCUCUCCCAUGCGUCAGACGCGGUGAGUAUAUAUCAUCAAACAGGGUUUGUAGUCCCUUGUUCACAUUUUCUUUUUUCCUUCGAAAUUGCGUUAAUUGCUUUACGCCAUAAACCAUUUACCAUCUUGUAAGUAAAACAUGAAUGUCUUUAAUUUAUUUGGAAUAUUUGGGA